GGAAUCAAGAAUUUAUAAGCCCAAGCACUAUGGAUAACAGUUCAGGAAUGCCCCCACUUCCUCCGACAGCCAAUCAGUACUCAGCACGUGGAAGGAUGGGUGUUCGCUCUAGGUAUGUUGACACUUUCAACCGAGGUGGUGGGAAUGCAGUAAGUGGGUUCCAGUCGCCUUCUGUACCUUCUGCAAAACCUGCGGGUGGUGCCAACCCAAAAUUCUUUGUUCCGGCACCAGUAUCCCAUGGUGAGCAGCCAGUUGUUGACACGCAUGUAGAACAAAAGCAAAACACUUCAUUCACUACUUACGAAGAUGCUUCUUCCUCCCCUCCAAAUGAGACAUUCUAUUCGCCUCGUCCCUCAUCUCCCAUGGCGCCCAUGCCAAGAUUUGGAAGCAUGAAUAACAUAUACAACAAAGGGGCAAGUGAUAGUUCCUUUGCGUCAGACUCACGGCGUACUGUUUCGUGGGGAGGGAGCAUAAAUGAUGCAAUGAGCCCUCCAAAUAGGACGCAACCUGCAGGAGAGUCGGUGAGUAUGCGUCCUCCUCCUUUCAUGCCAAAUGACACUUUAUUAGUAGAUUCCUCCGUGAAUGGUGGUGGUUUCGGAGAAUAAUAGUAUGAAAUCAAACUCUGAACCCCUCGAGAUGUACAUAACAAAUUUUGCCAUACAGCCGCCGAGCCUGCUCAAUUCACAGAUCCACAAAUUUUCUUUCUUUUUUAUUUUCUUUUAUUUUCUUUAUACCCAAAAUUCUCCAAUUAUAUGUGUAAUGCUUUUAACAUUGUAUGUUAAAUGUUAGUUUGUUACCUGGUAACCUACAGUAUCGGGAAAGUAAUAGUGUGUGAUCUGUACAUUUGAUUUGUUUAUUUAUUUGAGAGAAGAAUAAUCGAAAUUUUUGGUAA